GCCGUGCUUUGGGUGUAUGAUAAGAAUUGGUAUUCUUGUAGGCCUGAAUUAAUCCAUCCAUUCGUGGGAUCGGUAUACUUGCACAGUCCCCGAGGAGUGGGUAUCUGCGUUAAGAUGAACGUCAAACCAGAUUUGGUCCGCCUCCCAGAGGGGGACAAGGAGAUUUACGAUGAUUAUGGGCCGCUUUCUUUAGCAAAGUGGCACAAGAAACAUAAUCUGUGUUGA